AUGACUAAGGGUACUACCUCAUUCGGAAAGCGACACAACAAGUCACACACCAGUUGUCGUCGAUGCGGCAAGGUGUCCUUCCACAUCCAAAAGAAGAUCUGCUCUUCUUGUGGGUACCCCUCCAAGAAAAUGAGACAGUACAACUGGGGCGAAAAAGCCAAGGGUCGUCGCACAACUGGAACAGGAAGGAUGCGCUACAUGAAGACCAUGACACGCAAGUUCAAGAAUGGAUUCCGAGAAGGUGGGCUGCCAAAGAAGCAAGUUCAGAGCGCUUAG